GCAAAGAUCUCCACUGCAAGAACAUCUUAGCCAUACCUAGGUUUAGUGGCCUCAUCUCCUAUUCUGGUGGCACUAUGCCAACCGAGGAUUCCUCUCUGCUAGGGCCUCCUCCAAUGGUCAGAUCUUCUAGCUCUGAGAUAUCAGUCUCUGUGUCACCAGAGCAGAGCAAAGCAGCCACAGGCGCACACAGGCUUGAGUUUGGAGAAACUGACUUUGUUGCACUUUGUGACACUUUAAGAGUGUCAGACAUUGUAAGAGCAAAUGCUUGGAAGACAUAUGAAAAAGUGUCAUCUGCUGAUGGAACUCUAGUGGGUUACAGUGAAAAGAAAAAGGACAUGUGGGGGAUCUGUAUCUUUAUUGCAGCAGUUGACUUGGAUGAGAUGACAUUCACUUUUACAGAGCUUCUGAAAAGUAUAGGUAUGAGUGUGUGCACAUGUUUUCGGUUGCUGAGAGAGAUGGAUGUUAACAUGGAUACCAUAAGCACUAAAGUUGAUAGUAAUGUAUCACGACUGAAUAAGAAGUAUGAUGUAUUAUCUGCACUAUAUCACAAGUUUGAAAGGACUUGUGGACUUAUCUACAUGAUACAACCCAGCAGUCAGACUUCUGCUGAAUUGAGUUUCCCAUUGGUUCUGAAAACUUCCUGGAUCACUUUUUUGUUGGCGAAAGGAAAAGUAUUGCAAAUGGAAGAUGACCUGGUGAUCUCUUUCCAGUUACUGUUAUGUGUCCUUGAUUAUUUUAUCAAACUAUCACCACCGGCAAUGCUCAAGGAGCCAUACAAAUCUCAUGUGAGUGCAAUGUCUAUUAAUGGCUCAACUCGAGCUCCAAGGCGAGGUCAGAACAGGAGUACACGUACAUCAAAACAAACUGAAACAGAUACAAAAGUUAUUGAAGUCCUUUGUAAAGAAUAUGGUUGUAACUUAGAUGAGGUCAAAAAUGUAUAUUUCACAAGCUUUAUUCCGUUCUUGAAUUCUGUUGGUAUUGUAACUUCAAAUGGACUUCCGGAGGUUGAGGAUCUCUCGAGACAAUAUGAAGAGCUUUACCUGAAAAAUAAAGAUAUAGAUGCACGAUUAUUUCUGGAUAAUGAUGAAACUUUACAGCGUAAUCACAUAGAAUGCUCGCAGUUGGAACGAACACCAAGGAAAAACAACCCAGAUGAAGAGCUUAAUCUUAUACUUCCACAGACUCCAGUUCGGGCUGCAAUGAAUACUAUCCAGCAGUUAAUGAUGAUUUUAAAUUCAGCAAGUGAUAAACCAUCAGAUAAUCUCAUCUCAUAUUUUAAUAACUGUACAGUGAACCCUAAUGAAAGUAUCCUGGCAAGAGUAGAAAAUCUUGGGAACAUCUUCAAAGAGAAAUUUGCUGAAGCAGUUGGACAGGGAUGUGCUGAAAUUGGCUCACAGAGAUAUAAACUUGGUGUAAGGCUAUACUACAGACUAAUGGAAUCCAUGUUAAAGUCGGAGGAAGAGCGCCUGUCAGUUCACAAUUUUAGCAAACUUCUGAACAAUAAUAUCUUCCACACAUCUCUUCUGGCCUGUGCUGUUGAGGUUGUCAUGGCUACAUAUGGCAGGAAUGCUUCACAAAGUGAUGGCACCAGUACUGAAACGGAUUUGUCUUUUCCAUGGAUUCUCAAUGUACUUGAUUUAAAAGCCUUUGACUUCUACAAGGUGAUUGAAAGCUUUAUUAAAGCAGAACCAAGCUUGACAAGAGAGAUGAUAAAACAUCUAGAACGCUGUGAACAUCGAAUUAUGGAAUCCCUUGCAUGGCAAUCAGAUUCGUCUCUAUUUGAUCUUAUUAAGCAAUCCAAGGAACGAGAAGGCCAAGUUGAUCAACCUGAGCCCACCUGCACUCUUAACUUUCCUCUCCAGCAUAAUCACACUGCGGCAGAUCUGUAUCUUUCUCCUGUGAGAUCUCCUAAGAAGAAAGGAUCCACAGCCUCUUUAAACCCCACUCCUAUAAUAGAUGCUCAGCCUGUUUUGGCACCCCAAACUCAGAAACCACAGAAAUCUACCUCCCUUUCACUAUUUUACAAAAAAGUGUAUCGGCUGGCAUAUCUUCGAUUAAAUACCCUCUGCUUACGGCUUCUGUUUGACCACCCUGAACUAGAACACUUGAUCUGGACCCUUUUUCAGCACACAUUGCAAAAUGAAUAUGAACUUAUGAAAGACAGGCACUUAGACCAGAUCAUGAUGUGUUCCAUGUAUGGCAUAUGCAAAGUAAAGAAUGUAGAUCUUAGGUUUAAAAUCAUUGUUACAGCAUACAAGGAGCUCACCAAUACAAAUCAAGAGACUUUCAAACGAGUGCUGAUCAGGGAAGGACAAUAUGACUCCAUUAUCGUCUUCUACAACUUAGUGUUUAUGCAGAAACUGAAAACUAACAUUUUGCAGUAUGCCUCCAAUAGGCCUCCCACCUUGUCACCCAUCCCCCACAUUCCUCGAAGUCCUUACAAGUUUUCUAAUUCUCCCCUACGUGUCCCUGCUGGAAAUAACAUCUACAUCUCACCCUUGAAGAGUCCAUACAAAUUCUCUGAAGGGAUGUUGUCACCCACAAAGAUGACUCCAAGAUCCAGAAUCCUGGUGUCAAUUGGUGAAUCAUUUGGGGUGAGCACUUCUGAGAAGUUUCAGAAAAUAAACCAAAUGGUGGGUAGCAGUGAUCGUCAGCUGAAACGCAGUGCUGAAGUAAGCACUGCCCCUAAACCUCUGAAGAGACUUCGCUUUGAUAUAGAAGGACAGGAUGAGGCAGAUGGAAGCAAACACCUUCCUGGAGAGUCCAAAUUCCAGCAAAAGCUUGCAGAAAUGACGUCUACUCGAACAAGAAUGCAAAAGCAAAAACUAAAUGAUGGAACUGAUACAUCAGCCACUGAAGAAAAGUGAACAUCUUCUCAGGACCAUGCGGUGCACUGCAUGCUUCUCUGCAUUUGUCUUUCUUUUUCAGCCACCAUGUUAAU